UCACUCGUUGGCACACGCAGCCGCCUGCCGUCCCCAGGGGUUUAAGAACCGCCCUUCAGAGGCGGCCCUCCUUGCUAGUGUGGGACUUCCCAGCGGAGUGAGGGACCCAGCCACGGCUCCGGCUUCCAAGUUCCCUUCCCAGAGACACAGCUGAGAACCUCGAUGUACUCGGAGAUCCAGAGGGAGCGGGCAGACAUCGGAGGCCUGAUGGCCCGGCCCGAAUACAGAGAAUGGAACCCAGAGCUCAUCAAGCCCAAGAAGCUGCUGAACCCCGUGAAGGCCUCCCGGAGCCACCAGGAGCUGCACCGAGAGCUGCUCAUGAACCACAGAAGGGGCCUGGGCGUGGACAGCAAGCCAGAGCUGCAGCGGGUCCUGGAGCACCGCAGGCGGAACCAGCUCAUCAAGAAGAAGAAGGAGGAGCUGGAGGCCAAGCGGCUGCAGUGCCCCUUUGAGCAGGAGCUGCUGAGACGGCAGCAGAGGCUGAACCAGCUGGAAAAACCACCAGAAAAGGAAGAGGACCAUGCCCCCGAGUUUAUGAAAGUCAGGGAGAACCUGCGGAGAAUCGCGACGCUCACCAGCGAAGAGAGAGCUCUGUAGAGGGGGCUGUUGAAGCUCCAGCCCCCGCCGCA